AUGACAAACGGUGUCGAACAGCAGCAGCAACAACAACAACCAAAUGUUUUUCAUAGUUCGUUCUCGAUUCGAAGCGUUCUUGGCGAAGAUGACACGAAAACGAAUAUUGAAAAAUUAUCGAAAACAGUCUCAUUCUACACAUCAUUACAACCGAUUCAUUCAUUGAAACGUACACGUGACGAAACCAAUGAUGAAAAUGAACAGGAGAUUCCUUCGAAGAAACGUUCCGCGAUCGUUCAACAGGAAUCCGACGAUGAUCAAAAUCAUGAUGAAGAAGAUGUAGAUAUUGGCAGUACGUCGCCGGCUAUAUACAAUUCUGAAUAUGACGAAGAUGAAGAUAUCGAAACUGAAGAGUCGAUGUCUCACCUGAAAACACCAACUAAAAAAUCCUCCCCAUCCAUAUCGAGCGAAUCAUCGUCAGGUCAUGCAUCAGGUUCCGAUGGAACAAACAGUCGUACUAACAAUGUCAAAGAACAAAAGCAAAUUUCAUCUUCAUCAUCAUCGUCAGCCUCAACAUCCACGUCAGCAACACCAGCUCCCAGAAAUAAAUACGGCGUCAAACCCGCUUACUCCUACAACGCACUAAUCAUGAUGGCCAUACGUUCCUCAGCACAUGAACGCUUGACAUUAAAUGGCAUCUAUGAAUAUAUCAUGAAAUCUUUCCCAUAUUACCGUGAAAAUAAACAAGGAUGGCAAAAUUCAAUUCGACACAAUCUCUCAUUAAACAAAUGCUUUGUCAAAGUCCCUCGACAUUACGAUGACCCCGGUAAAGGAAACUAUUGGAUGCUUGAUCCAUCUGCAGAUGAUGUUUUCAUUGGAGCCACAACUGGUAAACUUCGACGUCGAACAUCAACAUCACGAAAUCAUCGUCUAGCAGCAUUUAAACGUUCAGGCUUGACACAUCCCAAUCCUUUUGUCACACCAGCAUUUCUUUCACAACAUCCACAUACAAAUUCCUGGCCAUAUUCGGCGGCUGUGUAUGCUUCAGCAGCCGCUGCUGCAAUGUGGUCAGCCUCAUCAUCGUCAACAUCAUCAGCCGCCGCCGCUGCAGCAGCGGCUGCAUGUCAACAACAACAGCAGCAACAACAACAACAGCAACAAUUUUUAAAUGUUCUUAAUUCUCAUUCACAUCAUCCAACAAAUUACGCGUUGGCAGCAGCUGAAGCAUUGAGACAUCAUCAUCAACUGCCAACUAAUCGUUCAAUUCUUGCUGAACAUUUGCUAUCGACGAGUGCGAUUUCGCCUUCUAAAACGAGGUCAGUGUCGUAG